AGGAUGUUGCCAGUUUUUUUUUCUUCUCCCCCAUUAGCAGGAUCUUCUGCACUCAGUGACGCUUCAGUGCAGUGCAGCCUCCUUUUCAUUCAAGUUUUUAUCUUGCGUUGCUUUGCAUCACCUAAGCAGAGACCUGAAGGACUUCAGCACCGGAGCUGUCCACUUACUACUCACACUCCACCCUGAGCGUCACGAUUCACACACGCAGAAAGACACACACACACACACACACACACACCCUUUCACACUUGAAGCAGGGAGCACUGACAUGCCGGGUUGCAGUGCAUGAGAAAGGAGAAGCUACACAAAGUGCAGACAGAGUGCUCCGAGUCUCAACGCGGCCAUGGGCGUUCUGAUGUCCAAGAAACAGCAGGUGGAGAAGGUCCAGAAAUGCAAUGCGGUGGUCUCAGCAUUUCGGGAGGGUCUGAAGAACCAACCGAGUGCCCCUCUGACUCAAAACAACUCGGAGAGCAAAGACGAGGCGCCAAACCAGCUGGAGUCUGAAGAUUCUGGACGAAAAGAGGAGGACGGGAAACCUGGGCCUUCCAACGCUCUAACCAAGGAGGAGAACAAAGCGAAUCAGGAGGCUUGGGGCCGCUUACGGGAUGGGAAAGGAGUAGAGCCGGAGGAGCUAAAUAAAGUGCACCAGCUCACGCCGCCAGCAUUCAUAAGGCCGAAGAGGCAGCCAAAUGACGAUCAGCCCAUACAGACCGAGCUUGGAAAGAGAGAACAGCCAGUGAAUGAUGAAAUGUGCGAGGUGUGCGAAGUGUGGACGGCGGACGAUCUGUUCCCGUGCCGGACGUGUACGAGGGUGUUUCACGAUGGCUGCCUGAAGGAGAUCGGUUACUCGCGAGCUGACACCGUGCAGGAGAUGAGGGAGACGGCUCACACCACCACGGGCUGGAGCUGCUACUACUGCGACAAUGUGAACUUGCUCCUGACUGAAGAAGAGAUGUACAGCCUGAUGGAGACAUUUAAGCAGUGCAAGAUCAUCCCAGAAUCCUGUCUCGUCUCAGAUGAGCUUCUUCAGUACAGGCACUUUGUGUCUAAGCAGCUGUUUGAUAAGGAUCUAACGGACGAUCAGGAGGAGGAGGUGCUGGCUCAGUUCGCUGCUCUUGACCCAGAAAAGAAGGGACAGAUAGAGUGGUCAGAUUUUCUGUAUCACGAGUCGCUGUCAAUGCUGCAGAAAUUUCGGACAGAGAACUCCCUUGUGCGUUUGCUCACGGCUAAAGAGCGUGAUCGAGCACGUGCAGUCUUCCAGAGUCUUGACCAGGAUAAAGACGGUGUCAUCACGGGUGGAGAGAGUCGGAGAGCUCAAGCCUCAUGGUUCCAAAAGCACAGCAAAGAGCCCCAGUCAUGCAACGUCAGGCUCAGGGGAAUGUGCUCUCCAAUAACAAACAUGGGCAUCAGCCAUGUAGGCCCGAUAUCAGAAAGCAGUCCUGCCAGUUCAAGCAGUGACAAGAGCAGAGACAAGGCCAUGGAGAAAAACGACAACAGGCCGGUCACAUGGGACGCAUUCUUGCGUGAGAGCGCCAUCUACAUCCUGGCUGCUCGACCCAACAGCAGUGCCAUGCAUAUCCGCCUGCCCCUGUAAUCCCACUCCAAACCCAGGCUGGGGUUUGCUGGAGAGCAGCACAGCGCCCCCUAGACGUUUGUCCUGGCACUGAGGAAGGACGCGACGCUCGGAGGCUGGACAAACCAUCGACGCACCCCGUUUCAAACAGAACACGAUUACUUCUAUAGCAGCACACUGAAAAAAAUAAUCAAGAAUCUAAUUUAUGAUGUAUCUCUGGCAACACACGGUAACCUGACAGAUCGCAGCUCAGCGCUCGGUCGGGUGAGAAGAUUGACAGCUAUUUCUGUAUGUAAGCUAUAAGGAGCACUGCCAUUUACUGCGUAUACAAUAGCAAAAACGCACCACAGUAUUAAACCAUCUGCCUUUAAAUAUACAGUUUUAGUCACUUGUGAUCAUAAUCCAUGCAGGAUUUACAGUGUUUGACCAGUUUUAAAGCCAUUUAAAAAAUAUAUAAAAAUAAAAAAAUACUAAGUGGCACAAGCACUAACAGGAAAGAAAGCUAUCUACAUAUUAUAUAAAAAAUAUAUAUAUUAUAUAUAAUAUAUAAAUGUGAAUAUUAAUAUGUAUUAUAUGUGUGUAUUUAUUCCCGAACCUCACAGUUUUAAAUAUGUCCUGGUUUUAGAUGCACAAUGUUUGUUAUGACUUUUGUUAUAAUGAUAGGGGUUGAAUCUAUCGACUAAAUCUACACACUAAUGAUCUAAAAUCCCUGGCUAAAAUUCUCCUGAACAUUCCCAAAGGUGUGAAUCUUUCUUUUUUCAGUUUAAUCCCAAUGAUCAAUAUGAUGAAACCCUGUCUAGACCCUACUUCAAAGCAAAACAAGCCUCGCUAUAACAAUCCCCUCUUCUAAACAGUACGUGGCUUUUACAGUUGUUAUUCUUGAGGGUCCGGCUCAGUGUUCUUGCUUCAGUGGUGAUCACUUGUUGAGUCGAUCGAAAGUGCAACGAUCCAAGUUUUGCAGCAGCUACUGGAAAUAAAAGCAUGGCAUUAACUCCACAA